AUGGUUGCUGUUGUGCGGGAAGCGUAUCUAGCGUUAGGCACCAAAAGCUAUGGCGAACACUUUGUUCUUCUUUUAACACUGGCCUCCUUGACGUCUGUCUACUCCAUGAAGACAUUCCUAUAUGUUAUUUAUUCCGUUUAUCUCUCGAGUCUUUCCAGGUUCCCUGGUCCUUUCUGGGCGAAAGUUUCCCCAUUUUGGCUCGUGAAGCAAAGUCACUCCACUCAAAGAACCACCGCUGUUCUGAGUCUUCACAAAAGAUAUGGUAAAUUCGUCCGCAUUGCGCCCAAUCACAUUUCUAUCAACGUCUCCCAAGCGGCAAAUGAGGUUUACGGCCACAACUCCGGCUUCCUGAAGGCAAGCUUCUACGAGGCGUUCGUUCAGGUCAAGCCAGGCCUCUUCAAUACUCGCGAGGUGGACGUACAUCAGAGGAAGAAAAAGUACAUGAACCCUGCAUUUUCAGCCAGAGCUCUCCGAGACUUUGAGCCACAUAUGGACGAGGAAAUUUGCUUAUGGAAGUCGCGGCUGCUCGACAUGACUCAUGGAACAAGCGCCAAAGUUGACUUCGCGAUAUGGACGAAUUAUCUUGCUUUUGAUGUUAUUGGGAGCUUUUCAUUUGGAAAACCUUUCGGCUUUAUUCAGAAAUGCCACGAUGAUUAUGGCCUCAUCCAGGCUAUUGAUGAACGCGGAGAAGUUUUCAAUGCACUAGGAUCUAUACCAGGCUGGCUACGCCCUUUCAUGAAGUACCAUCCGUUUGAUCCUUUCUGGAAACGGGGUGCCAUGGCUGGGGCUAAUCUUGAGGUUUUCGGUCGACGGGCGUAUCUUGAGAGAAAACACAGCAAGUCCAGCGACCGUCGAGAUUUAUUAUCCUAUUUACUCGCAGCUAAAGAUCCCGAUACCGGAAAGCCCUUGCCAGAGGAAGAAAUUAUCGCCGAGUCGAUCAGUUUUAUCGUCGGCGGUAGCGAUACGACCAGCAGUACAAUGGCCAAUUUCAUUGACUUUGUGUCAAGAGACAAGACACUUCUGAAGCAGAUCCAAAAGGAGCUUGAUGCUAAAUAUCCAGGGCCACUGGGCCCAAACUGGGUGGCUGACAAUGCCACAGCAGGAACCCUUCCUUUGCUCAAUUCGACUUUGAGGGAGGUUAUGCGUAUUCGGCCGACGAGUGCAACAGGGUUGGAGCGCGUGACCCCAAAGGGGGGCAGGGUCAUUGGAGGGGCCCUUAUUCCGGAAGGGACCAUUGUUAGCGUCCCAACACAAUGUGUAAUGCAGGACGAGAUCGUAUUUCCAGACCCGUUCGCCUUGCGCCCAGAAAGAUGGUUAGAGGGAAACGCCGAAUCGCUUCUCAUUUCUUUUCUUCCCUUCUCUACUGGCCCCAGGGCCUGCAUUGGGCGAAAUUUCGCCUGGAUGGAGGCUGUCAAGGGCUUGGCCACUCUCUUUCGUCUCUUCAAUCUUCAUCGAGCAACCGAAGCAGAAACCGAGGUUCGUGAGGGAUUUUUCAACAAAGCCGUCGAAUGCGUUGUGGAACUAUCCCGGCGUCAGGAUUCCUGA